UCAGCUGUGUCUUCUUCUUCUUCUUCUUCUUCUUCUUCUGUUAGUUUGAAUCCAUUAAGGCAAAGUAGUAGAGAUGUCAGGACCUCAAUGCUGUGAAAACCCACCUGCCCUGAACCCAAACUCUGGGGAAGGGACUGUUGAAGAAUUUGGAGGACUCAAGAGCUACCUCACUGGUUCAUUGGAAGCCAAGGCUACUGUCCUUCUUGUCUCUGACAUAUUUGGAUUUGAAGCGCCAAACUUGAGGAAGCUUGCAGACAAAAUUGCAGUCACUGGAUAUUUUGUGGUGGUUCCUGAAUUCAUGCAUGGGGAUCCCUAUGACCCUGAAGAUGCUGCGAGACCUCUAAUGGUCUGGUUACAAGAUCAUGCAGUGGAUAAGGGAUUCGAGGAGGCUGUACCAAUUGUUGAAGCUAUAAAAAGUAAAGGCUUUUCCACAAUUGGGGCUGCCGGAUUUUGCUGGGGCGGCAAGGUGGCUGUGGAACUAGCAAAGGCAGGUUACAUCCAAGCUGCAGUGCUUUGCCAUCCUACAUUUGUCACUGUAGAUGACAUCAAGGAGGUUAAGGCUCCCAUUGCAGUACUUGGAGCUGAAAUUGACCACAUCUCUCCACCAGAACUUGUAAAACAAUUUGAGGGAGCUAUGUUGGUUGAUGGAUACGUGAAAAUAUUCCCUGGGGUAGAACAUGGAUGGACAACGAGAUACGAUGUUGCCGAUGCAGAAGCUGUGAAAAAUGCCGAGGAAGCCCACAAGCACAUGUUGGACUGGUUUGUUAAGUAUGUCAAGUGAAGAGAAGAUAUGAAGAGCAUAUAUAUAGGAGGAGAAACUAUUCUUGAGUGUUUUUGUCAGUCCUAAUGUUUUGAUGUUAUCUGUUUUCCCUGAGAACAUUGUUGUUACUAGUGUUAAAUCAUAUGUGUAAUAAUAAUGGUUCAUGUUGCUGCCGAAAA